AUGGACCCCUCCCAAGUCAAGAUCCCGCCAAUGAAAGACCUAACAGUGGACAACAUCACCGAGAAUGUAAUCCGCAUCAACUCGCUCUGCGAAGACGCGCGCAUGAAAUACGUGCUGGAGCGCCUCGUCACCCACCUCCACGACUUCGUGCGCGAAACCCGCCUCAGCAGCGACGAAUGGAUGACGGGCCUGCGCUUCCUGACCGAAGUCGGGCAGAUCUGCACAGACGUGCGACAAGAAUUCAUUCUGCUGUCCGACGUGCUGGGCCUCUCGAUCCUCGUCGACUCCAUCGACCACCCCAAGCCCGCCGGCUCGACCGACGGCACCGUGCUGGGUCCCUUCCACACGCACGACGCCGAGGAGAUGCGCGCCGGCGACGCCAUGUCGCACGAUCCCAGUGGCGAGCCGCUCCUUGUUGUCUGCUCGCUGCGCGAUAUGCAUGGUCGCCCGAUCGACAAUGUCAAGAUCGAUAUCUGGGAGACGGAUUCCUCCGGCCACUAUGAUGUCCAGUACCCCGGCCGCGAGGGCCCCGAUGGCCGCUGUAUUAUGCGCUCGGAUCGCGACGGCAUCUUCUGGUUUAAGGCUAUUACACCCGUGCCUUACCCCAUCCCCCAUGACGGGCCCGUGGGCAAGCUGCUGAAGAAGCUGCAUCGCCAUCCGUACCGGCCGUCGCAUAUGCAUUUUAUGUUUGAGAAGGAGGGCUACGACCAUUUAAUUACUGCCCUCUACCUCCGCAACGACCCCUACGAGACCUCCGACGCCGUCUUCGGCGUCAAGGACUCUCUCACCGUGGACAUCGGCAAGGCCGGGCCCGACAUUGCGCAGAAAUAUAGUGUGCCCGAGGGCCACGCCCUGCUCACCUAUGACUUUGUGCUGGUCUCCGAUGCAGAGACAAGCGAGCUGCGCGCAAAGAACUCCAAGAUUGCGCUGGACAAGCUUGGUCGCAAGGUUCAGAUUGUUAAUGGGUUGCCGGUGCCGGAGCUAGAUUAG